AUGAACGAACCGAGGACAGAGAGAACGGUGAAGACGACGACAUCAUCAUCCAAGCGUCGUCGUCUUUGUCGCUCUCCUUCUCCUCAUUCGCUGCUCCGUGGUGACGAAGAACCGAAGGAGAAGGAAGGAAGAGAAGAAUCGAAAAAAGUAUCGAAGACAGUUGAAGAACGUGAAGAAGAGAAGAAAUUGUGCUUGGACGAGCGCGGGCGCGUCCACGCGGUAGGAAACGCAAAUCUAGAGUACGCAUCCACGUCUUCCGUUCUUUUCUCGGUAUCUUCGUCCGAAGACGAGCAAAUACGACAACAAAAGCAAGGCGGACUUCUCAAGAAACUCUUGCGCGACUGUAAAAAAGUGUUCACGGCGAAACAAACUUUAGAAACGGAGUCAUACAGCGCUGGCUCUACGUUUUGGAUUUCAGCAACAGCAGAACCAAAUGGAGAUGGUGCAACAAAAGAAAAGAAUAGCAACAACUACAAGAACUACAAGAACAACAACAAAGUGAAGAAAACAUCGUUAUCUGGGUUGGAAAGACUCGCGCUGCGAGUCUUCAAGCACGUGACGAAACGACUCAAGGAGGGCGAAGAUUACGACUCGAAAACUUCUGGUGCCGAGUGGUGGACGCAAGUAAUCGAUCCUCGGGACGAUAUUGGCGCGCACUUUGAUAAAGAUUAUUACCUAGAAGAAAAUAUGAACGUUUCGGUACAUCCCCAGGUCGGGACUGUAACGUACCUAUCCGAUACAGGUGCGCCCACCGUCGUCGCGACUCGCGUGUUGUGUCAAACAUAUUUCGACGAUUCAAAUCCGAAAUGCACGAACGAUAUGCUCAUCAACGAGAGUAAUGAUGCCAUCCUAAAUAAGAAGAGUAGAGUUGAAGAUAGCGUGUACAUUUCAUGGCCAAAAAUAGGGAAAAUUACAACAUUCGAUGGUCGUUGUUUGCACGCCGCUCCGAGCGCCUUAUCUGGCUUCCCCGAAGAAGAAGAAGAAGAAGAAGAAGAAGAUGUAAAUGAGAAGGAGAGCGAGGAAGACGACGAUGACGACGAUGGGGAUGAAGAAAAUAGUAUAGAUUCUAAGAGGAUAACGUUCUUAGUCAACGUAUGGCUAAACCAUAAGCCUAUUUUGAGCGAAAACUUACCGGAAGAGGUUCGAGAAACUCUUGAGUUUGGAGAGGCUGAUUUUGAGGACUUGUUCGAGAAGAACGAAAAGGCACCAGAAGGAAAGAAGGAAGACGAAAGAGCUGUGAAUAUAACGACACGUAGAAGAACAAAGCUCGCAUUCACGCACUGCGACGAGAAUCUAGUCUACGAGUACUCUGUACCGGAGUUCUGCUUCGAAUCCGGCGCUGCUGCCAACACGCUCCGACUCGGCAAGUCCUUGCUCGUGCCUUGCACAGAGGGCGCUUUAAAACGCAUCGCAACGAUUUAG